UUUUAGGAAGCAUGGGUAUUGGAGAAAAUGUAGACUCUGGCUCCACGGGGAUUGAUAACUAGUGACAUUGUCAUGCUGUUACUACGAUGAAUCCCAAUGAGAAGGCACUAUCAAACAAGCGAAAAGCAAAGCGUGUCAACUCAGAGCCUGAUGCCUUGUCAGCACUUCGUACCAAGGAGAGAAUGGCGACAAGUCUCUCUGAAGGGAGUAAUCAGGAGUCAGAUUCUCAAAACCCCGGUAUCAUGACGCGGAUAAAGGGACUAAAGAGUGACAUAAUGAAGAGGGUGAGCAGAGUUAUGUCAGAUGAGGAUAUGAGGAAUUUACGGACUAUCAGAAGCAAACUUUCACACAUCGAGGAACCCCAAAAUUCAGCAGCAGUCCAAGAGGUCCAAGACCCGAAUCAGAAGCAGAAGAAGAGCGAUCAGUCACUGCACGAUGUGUAUAAACAGCUGUAUAUUAGACAGAUAACCAGUGUUGCCCCUCCAACUAACGCUUCACAUGUUUUAAAAGUAACAGACGAACAAUUGACCGAUGUGAAAAGGAAAGCAUUUGAAGUGCCCAAAACAAGGAUAACUGAUAAUCCGACUAAAGCUGAUACAGUAAAUACGGACGAGUCGGAAUGCGAGAUUAGCCAAGUUCUUCAGGCGCUGAAAGAAGGAAAAGCUGCAAACGAAAUCACUUGCUCGCGUAAUAUCGUCCAACGUACGGUUACGUUAGAACGACUGAAAGACUUUCCCAUCCAGAGAGAAGAGCAAGGUGGACAGUUUGGAUUGAGAAUAGUGGGAGGUAAGAAGAUGGCUGGUGGUACUCUGUGUGCCUUCAUCGCCUCCAUCACUCCCGGAAGUGCAGCAAGUCGGUCACCUGAUCUCCACGAGGGUGACCUUGUUUUGAGAUGGAAUGCCACCAUGCUGAUUGGUUUAACGUACGAAGAGUGUCAAGCUCUCCUUGACGACUGUCAUUCUGUCGACCUUGUUGUCUCCAAUUUCCUCAGGGGCAGCUACAGGAGGUACCGACCGAGAUCCUCCAACACCAGCAGGACGGGGAGUGUUGAGAGUAUACUGAGAGGAACUACUAACAAGUGGAUCACUCUUACUAGGAGGGGUAUACACGCUAGACAGUCAGAUACAAGUCGAACAACAGACGACUCUAACACGAUUGAAGAGAGUACAGAGGAUGAAACAUCGGGAUUAUCGAAAGCAGACCAAACAUCUAAAAUGAAGUUGGAGAUGAGACUGGUUCAUGUUGCCAUGGAGAACAGGUUAUCAGUACACCUGAUCCAGGCAGCCAACAUACCCUACAGAGACGGUAUAGAGGGUAUUGAUAUCUUCUGUAAACUUUACUUACUUCCCGAUAUCAGCAUGAGUGCAGAUGCCAAAAAACGAUCGAAGACUGCAGUGCGGACAUACAACCCUUAUUGGAACCAGCAUUUUGAGUACCAGCCGAUUCUUGAGACAGAGUUGUCCGAUAAGAAGCUAGAAGUGACGUUGAUGAUGCACCACUGGCUUCAGAAGGAUCAGCCUUUAGGCCAGGUUGAGAUAAAGUUAGGUGACAGGAAAGUUCUCUCUGGACAAGCUGACUGGUUCUACCUCCAAGCAGCCCCAACCGACUCACUCACCCCCACUUCAAGUGACAGGAAGGAACAACCUGAGGGUUCCAGUCAAGUUGGAACAAAAUCUUUAUCAGAAAUGAUGAGGGAGAAAGUUCCCAUUCAACAUCGGACCACGUUCAGUACUUUUGAUUGCAAGAAGGAAAUAGUUCCAGAUAUCAGACGGACAGCUUCGGACUCGACCAAACCAGCCAAACCUCCUAAACAAAAGUCAAAACAGCAGCAAACUAGCGACGAGGAGAGUUCGGAUAAUGUGUUUAAAUCUGCAGGCAUUCACACCCACCUGUCUAACAUUAAAGAGUCUGACGAACAAAGGCCCCCUAUUCAAGUGAGAGGAAGCCCGAGAAGACGGCCCCGGGUUAUCCGGAAUAAAUCCACUGCAAAAGAACACCGCAAAUCUGACGGAGGCACAUAUACCAGACAAUGUAGCAACAGUUCCAACGAGAUGAUAACCGUAACCUCAGAGUCAGAAAUUAACAAGCUCCGGCGAGCUGGGCGGAGUAACUCGGAGGAUUUAACAGCGACAAAACAGCACAGAAUAUUACCCAAGACACCAGACAGAGCCAAGAGGGGCGCUGUUAUGACCCUCCCUACCAAGAGGAUGACUUCUCCCUUACUUGCUACUCAGGCUGAGAACUUUUCUCCGACUAGGGUCAGUCAUAAGGUGAUCCUGACAGCCCCCUCCUCCGAGGAAUGUGGAAGUUCCUCUACUGACAGUGUUUCCUCGCAUCUCACUGCCAUACACCGUCCAUCUCCCGAAGGAAGACCUCUUAUCGGUACCGGAGAACCAUCCUCGCAUCUUGGACCUGGUCAAAUAUCUGUGGCUCACCCAGAAGUACAGGGGUCGCUGGUAUUAACACUGGGUAUUCACAAGAUGAUGUUAACUCUGGAGGUAGUGCAAGCCAAUAACCUCCCUGCUCGCCCUAACGGUCCUGCUCCAGAUACCUACGUGAAGACUUACAUCAUGCUGGAUCACAACCGGUCACACAAGGAGAAAACAACGACUGUUCGUUGCAACUGUAACCCCGUGUUCAACGAGAGAAUCACUUACAUUGUCAACCCUACCAACCAAGUUAUUCAGGUAAUGGUGUGGGACGAAGUGGGGACACUCCGUCGGAACGUUCUCCUGGGCGAGAUCCUGAUAGAUCUGGAUUACAUCUCCACCCACGGACCCCUACAAGGCAGAUAUAAACUGUUUCCACCCACUUUCUCUAAACCUCCAUAGUUUAAUCCGCCAGUAAAGUAGAUAUAUACUGUUUACAUUUUCUAAACCACCUCCUUAGCAGUCCGAGAUACACAUUCUAAAGUUAGAUUGAGAGCAAAACUCAUUCUAGCAACUUAAUCUACCAACUAUAAGCACAUUUAAAUGGCAGAUUGCAAGAAGUUAAUAUUAAAAUGAUCACUUGGUUGCUUGCUCUGAAGAACCUUGGAUGCUAUAAAUUAUAUCUAUCAGACAUAAAUUUGUUACUAUAUAAAUAUUAAUUAAGUAUUUCUUACGGAAUUGCAUUAAGACUUGGUGGGUUCUGUUACGAUACCUCCACCAACCGCAACUAUAUAAAUAAUCACCAGUUAUUCUUUCGGUAGUUAUUUUAGAUUAACCUGAUUAUUUUUAUCUAAUGUUUGAUUUUAUUUAUUUCUCUUAACUUAUUGAAGUAUUUUAGGACUUUCGCGAAAAAGAAAAACUGUUUUUACUGUAUUUAUUUCGCUUAAUUAAGAGUUAACGUUAUUUUAUUUGGUUUAGCUGACAACUCAAUUUGGUCCAAAUAAAUU